AUCUCAUGCUGAGAGGGCGAUUGAACUGAUGCUCCGCCUCUUGCCUCCAGAUCACUUGUUACUGUCUUCUAGUAAGCGUGUGAAGGCGUUAAUCCUAGAGGAGAUGGCUAUUGACAACCCAAAUAAGGAUGUUGAAAAGAAAUACUUGGAAGAGGCCCAUUCUCUGCACAAAGAAGCACUUGCCAUGGCCAUGCGUGCUUUUGGGGAAAUGAAUGUCCAGACAGCCAAACACUAUGGCAACCUUGGCAGACUCUUCCAGUCAAUGAGGCUCUUCCAGGUAGGUGUCUGCUAUUGA